AUGGCGCAUAGGAAGCUGCAACAGGAGGUGGACAAAGUGUUCAAGAAGAUCAAUGAGGGACUCGACGUGUUCGAUAUGUACUAUGAGAGGCAUGAGAACUGUACAAAUAACCCGUCGCAGAAGGACAAGCUCGAGUCGGAUUUGAAACGGGAGGUGAAGAAGCUUCAAAGACUCAGGGAGCAAGUGAAGUCGUGGCAGAGCUCGCCGGAUAUCAAGGAUAAGGAUGCUCUACUCGAGUACAGGCGGCGUGUCGAAAUCGCCAUGGAGAAGUAUAAAGCGGUGGAAAAGGCGUCGAAGGAGAAGGCGUAUUCGAAUAUAAGUUUGAAGAAGACGGAUACGCUCGACCCCGAGGAGCGUGAGAGGUUAGAGACGGAGAACUUUCUGUCGUCGAUGAUCGAUGAUUUGGAGAGGCAAUACGAAGCUCACCAAGUAGAUAUAGAUCAGUUGACGGUGCUGAACAAGAAGAAGAAGACGCACUCGCAGAGCAACGAGGACAGGAUCAAAAAGUGCAAGAGUUGGCAGCUGAGGUACAGGUGGCACCAGCAGCAGAUGGAACUCGCUCUCCGAUUGCUCGCGAACGAGGAGUUGGACCCGAAACAGGUGAACGAAAUUAAGGACGAUAUCAGCUUCUUUGUUGAUAGCAAUCAGGACGACGAUUUCGUGGAGGACGAAUCCAUAUACGACAAUUUGGAUCUCCUCUCAAACGAGGCCAUCGCCCACGAGGUCGCGCAGUAUUUUGCUAGUCAGAUGCUCGACGACAACAUGGCCAACGCGGAAAGUACAGCGGCACUCUCAUCGGAUGCAACGACAGAAGAUGGCUCCAAGAUAUCGAAGAAGGAACUGAGGAAGUUGGAAAGAGACGCAAAGAAGGCAGCAAAGACCGCUGCGAAGAAUGCGGCAGCGGAUAGCGCGUCACAGGGCGGGACUGUGACUGUGAAACUCGGGUCAGCACCACUGAGCCCCGCGGCUUCGAAAACGAAGACCGAAUCACAAAGCACAUCCCCAGUAUUGAAGGCACCUUCAGCAUCGAUAACUGUAAAACAGACUGCAGGUACAUCCUCGUCGUCACCAUCGCCAGUUCAACCUUCGAAGACAAAAGGCAAGAGUACAGCGGAAUCCACUACAUCCUCGGAACAUCAAGGAAUUGUACACACGCAUAUUCAUCAGGGCCAAAAUGGAGUCACGGGCUCCAGUAUAUUAAAACCAGCGACUAUUCCAGCGAGACCCACCGGUGACGUGAAGUGGGCAGUUGCCGCCUCUCAGAGUUUGCAAAGAGAGAAGGAGAAACACAAAUCAUUGAGCAAGAACUCAACGACGAGUUCUACUCCGGUCACUUCCGCUGCAAUGAAUACAACAUCUGACACAGCGAUCUCCACGCCUAGCGUCGCAUCCCCAGUGGUAUCAGACACGAAGUUGGAAAGCGCGAGCCCUCGUCAUCCCGGCGACACGCAAAACGGCAGCGUUAACAACUCCUCAGCAGUUACCGCAGCAGCUGUGCUUGCUGCAGGUGCCGCUGCCGUGAAUCAGAACAACCAGCAAUUCCACAGAUCGUACACACCGACUUUGGCAGAAUCGAUGGUUAAAGUCUCCGUGGAUGUUCAGCAGCAAACGGCAAUGGCAGACCACACUUCAGGGAUCUUUGCUGAUGCCGAGACGACACUGGCGGAGGACUCGCAUACACUGCCUGAGAGCGAAGAACAGGAAGAUGGGGAAGUUGAAGUGGAAGAGCAAGAAAACCUAUUCCUACACGAGGACGACGAUCUGAUACCGAACGAGCCAGUCGCAACGGAACUGUCCCCUGAACAAGAGCAGAAGAACUUCAUGUUGAGGUCCGAGUUGGAGUCGGACUUCAUGGCGGAUUUCGAGUUGCUUUCAUUGCCCAACGGUAUCAACGAAUUUAUCAUGGGUUACGAAAUCAACAACAACGGACUGUACGCGAACGAUGGGAAACUUGGCGGUUACAGACACAGCAUAGACCUGUGCCGUAUCGACAGGUUGAACCCGGUCCCCGCUGGCGUGAACCCUCCGAACCCACUCGACGCGUUCAGAUCAACACAACAAUGGGACGUCAUUCGCGGAGGGCCUGAGAGACAACUCGAUCAGAUAAUAGACAAGUUCAGAGGUCUGGAGAUGUUCAGUCUCUUUUACAACUACUAUUUUGCAAUCUUGCCGAUGGAGAAGCAGAUUGCGUUCCAGCUGCUGAAGGAGAAAAGUUGGAAAGUUGGUGUUGGCGAGACCAUGUGGUUCCUACGACAGGGGGAGGUCAAACUGCAAAAUGAGCAGUUUGAGUUGGCAGACUACAAGAUUUUUAAACUGGACGACUGGUCCGUUGUCGACAAGAUCAAUUUCAGACUCGAUUACUCUAACUUGAAGUACCCUGAGGCAAGCGGCAUUUCAGCGGUCUCAUCGGACGCUAGAGUGCUGGCUCACGACAGUGCUGUAAACGACCGGGUGGGACUGAGCCACGGUCAGCAACUCCUACAGCAAUUGAAGCAGGGAAAAAUGGGCCUGACAGCAUAG